GAUGCGGCUGCUUGAAGCAGUUUGGCUUCUUUCACUCUUUGUGAUCACAUAUGGUAGACGUGACGAUUCAUCGAACGAUGAUGUUUUUGUUGGUCAACGGCAUCGUGGUUACAAGGGAAAUUAUAAUAAUCAGCAGCAGGCUAAUUCACCGUAUUUGCCGAUCUAUCAACCAACAGCGCGGGAACGCAAACCCAAUAUUGUGUUGAUUCUCACCGAUGAUCAGGAUGUUGAACUUGGUUCACUCAACUUCAUGCCCAACACCCUGCGUCGAAUACGAGACGAGGGUGCUGAACUCCGUCACGCCUACGUAACAACACCAAUGUGUUGCCCGAGUAGAAGUUCACUCCUCACAGGUCGUUACGUACAUAAUCACGAAGUAUUCACCAACAAUGACAACUGUAGUAGUCCACAAUGGCAGCGAGAUCACGAACCCCAUUCGUUUGCAACUUAUCUGAGUAACGCUGGAUAUCGUACAGGGUACUUCGGUAAAUACCUCAACAAGUAUAAUGGCUCAUACAUACCACCCGGUUGGCGUGAAUGGGGUGGCUUAAUAAUGAAUUCGAGAUACUACAACUACAGUGUCAAUAUGAAUGGUAAAAAGAUAAAGCACGGCUUUGAAUACAGUAAGGACUAUUACCCGGAUCUGAUAGCGAAUGACAGCGUUGCAUUUUUACGCCAGAGUAAACAUAAUUUUGCUCGUAAACCGGUGAUGCUGGUUGCGAGUUUCCCAGCGCCUCAUGGUCCAGAAGACUCUGCACCCCAAUUCUCCAAUCUUUUCUUCAACGUCACAACGCAUCAUACUCCGGCUUAUGAUUAUGCGCCUAAUCCAGAUAAACAGUGGAUUCUUCAGGUCACGCAGAAAAUGCAGCCCAUUCAUAAGCAAUUUACUGAUUUGUUGAUGACGAAGAGAUUGCAGACUUUACAGAGCGUUGACAGUGCUGUGGAACGGAUUUAUCAAGAGCUCAAGGAUCUUGGCGAAUUGGACAACACCUACAUAAUCUAUACAUCAGACCAUGGAUACCACCUUGGCCAAUUUGGCUUGAUCAAAGGCAAAAGCUUUCCAUUCGAAUUUGAUGUACGAAUACCAUGUCUAAUUCGAGGUCCCGGGGUUGCUCCUGGUUCAGUGAUUGAUGACAUUGUACUGAAUAUUGAUCUGGCGCCAACGUUUCUCGAUAUAGCCGGGGUUGAUACACCUCCGCAAAUGGACGGACGCUCAUUCAAAAAAUUAUUCCUCAACAAACACGGAAGGAGAACAAAGGUCAAAUGGCCCGACACAUUCCUGAUAGAAUCAUCGGGUCGUCGGGAGACGCCAGAAUCAAUUGCUGAAGCUAAAUUGCGUGAAGCUAAACGACAGAAUGCAACAUUGGCGAAACAGCUGGCGAGUAAAAAUUUAGGGGAUAACAAUACCAGCACCGAGUCUGUAUUCGUUAACGAUAAGAAUCUAGAGAAUGAUACGGGCAGUGAUCAGGACUUAUCGGAGAAUGAAGAGGAGUUUGAGGAUUCAACGGUGAGUGAUAAUGAGGAUCGUUUGGACAAUGGUGUUAAUCCACUUUCGGAAUCUGGAGUGAGUACAAAGCACGAACGUUUGGCCUUCGAGUGCUCGAGGCCAGAGUCACGGGCUAACUGUAUACCAGGACAAACGUGGCGAUGUGAGAGAGAGGGAAAUCGUUGGCGUCGUCACAAGUGCAGAUAUACACCACCACUGCCAACAAUACCCACCCAUAAAUCGACCAAAAAGUGUGCCUGUUUUACACCAAACGGUGUUGUCUAUACGCGACUUGAAUCUAAUGAUUUUGAUGGACAAAAAAUGAUAUACGGUAGGGAGAGUCAUGCUGGAAUUUACGACGAUAAUGAAAGCUUCUUCAAACGGGGAAAACGAAGUGCUGAUAGUGAAGAUGAUGAGUUUAUCGAAGAUACUAGAGACAGAAGAGCAAUCGAUGAGGAGGAUGAUGACCAAUUUAAGCAGGAAUUGCAAUUUCUCUCUGAUGACUUCCAGCACGAAUGGACACACUACUUGGUGAAAGAUCAAAAACCUAUAAAAUCUUCAAUGUGGGACGACAAUUACGACAAUAAGGAAGACUUUGAUGUACUCGGGUACAACGUCAAUGACUUUGAUUUAACUCUGAAAGAUGCCGUGAAAGGACCAUUGAACAUCGAUGAUUUGAUGAAGCGACAUAGAAGAACUCGUAGAAAUGUCAUGAAAAAGGACACCAUUGAGCAUGUGACAAAAAUAAUGGAGAGCAUUGAAGAAGAAUUAGAUGGUCUGAAAGAGAGUCAGGCACGCCAAACAAACACUUCAAAACUGCUACCAAAAUGCUUGAUCUCAGCCAGUGGUGGGGUAAAUUGCACUCAGUCGAUCUAUCAAAAUCCAACUGAGUGGAAAAUUUCACGACGAGAAAUUGAGCAACAAAUUAAAGAUAUGCGGGUACAGUUGGAGAGUUUAAAAGAAAUCAGACGACAUCUAAUGAUCAAACGCCCACACGUAAUAGAAGCUCAUGACAAUGGGGAGGCUAAUGAUACACUGCACAGGCACCAUUAUCAUAAUCACCAUACUCAUCAUCAUGGGAGAAAUCAUACAAAUCGUCAUCAUAGAAAGCAUGAGACGAGUCAGGCCACAACAACUUCUUCGUCCGUUCAAUUAACAACUGAAAGUGAUUCUUACGACAGCAAAACUACUCAAGUUUCGGAGAUUUUAUCGAGCAAAAAACCAACUCACAGAGCAGCAAACAUCACGACUACGUCCGCUGUACCUUCUAAAACCAGAAAGCCUUUACGAAGACAGAAAGUGAAUAAGGAAUCGUCCGAGGGCCGGCUCGAAGAAGAAGAACGAUCCAAAAGAAAGAAGCCCCAUGGUAGAGUGAGAAAUAACACAAUUCUAACGAACAGCAUCCAUGAUGACAAAGAGUUAUUACUAGCAACGACUUUAAGUAGUUCUAUCGGGACAGUGGAACCACGAGUAACUCCACCAACGACAGUUGCUCCCACAAGUCCAAUUACCACGACGACAAGUGUUUCGAUGAAACCCACAAGAAACCAGAAGAAUCGGACAAGCGGGCUCGGACCAGCGAGAAUCGACGUAACGAUUCUAGAGCCUCCAGAUCGCAAGGAUAGCCAUGGAAUAAGUAUGUCUGGUAAUCAUUCCAGAUUGUCAGUUUCCAAUAGUCCAACAGACACCAAACACAAAUGCUAUUGUGAGCCCGAUGUGCAACCCAAGAAAGACGACAAGGAGAUCCUAAAGGACGAGAAAAGACGGUUGAAAGAGGAGCGAUUGAGAAAGAAGGAGAGAAAACUGAAGAAGAAAGCGAAACUUGAAAAGGAAUGUUUGACUGAAAAGAUGAACUGCUUCGAACAUGACAAUGAUCAUUGGAGAACUGCACCAAUGUGGAACGCUGGUCCGUUCUGCUUCUGCAUGAAUGCGAAUAAUAAUACGUACUCGUGUAUACGUACGAUAAAUUCGACUCAUAACUUCUUAUACUGCGAAUUUACAACUGGACUUGUGACAUUCUAUAAUUUGAGGGUUGAUCCAUUUGAGCAAUGGAAUAGAUAUGCCUUUUUGACGGAUGCCGAGAAGUCAUAUCUUCACGAUCAGCUGGAGCAAUUGAAACGAUGUCGAGGAACGAGAGAUUGUACAGUUGGAAGUGCCAGAGAGAGCUUCACCAUGCCACAGACGCAGCCACACCAGCGAUUCAUUACGAAACGGAAAUACAGUAACUCGUUAGAAGACCUGUUCGUACCAUCUACUCUUCAGAUAAUCCGCGAGAGUGAACUCGGUGGUCCGAAUAAGAGACGCAAAAAAUUGCAAAAUUCAGGAAAUCGCCGUAGUCGAAGUUGGCAGACGAAUUGGCAUCACCAUUCACCUCCACUCAAUCCCCGACGUUAUCGACAUCAGUAGUGAGAUUAUUUCUACCAACGAAACAAGUGGCUAUGGGCAUCAACUGGUUGUACCACGGUAGAUUCGUUUCGGCAAUAAUUUUUUGAGUGAUUAGCGAGUAGUUGUUCUUUGAAACUAAAUGCCAUUAUUUUCGAAAAAAUUGAAUUCCAAUUGAUGUUGGUGAAAGAACCUUCUUGGAGUCUACAUCGAGAGAAUUCGUGGAAUUUUCGGGUUCCGUUAUGAGGAAAUUUUUAAAAAAUUAAAAUAAAACGACACCACACACAUAUAUACACUAUUUAAAAAUUGUAAAUUGAAAUUUUUUUCGACCGUUGGUAGUCACUCUGCCAGAAAGAACUGAAGAUUUUAAUUUAAACGAAUGCAAUUCGUUCGGAAAUAAAAUGAAAUACUGCUCUAAUGCAAUCGUCAUGAAAAGAAUAGAGCUCACAACGAACUGAAUAGUGUUGCAAGGAUUACUUCCUAUUUUCUAUGAAAUGAGUAUGUGCAGUCGCGAAACGAGAGUAAUACUGCCAAAUGCACUUUUUAAAGCUUAUCAAUAUAAAUUAGCCAUCGCGCAGGAGAAGAAAUGAUAAUCACAGAGCUUUGUAAUCAUUCAUGGUAUGUAAUAUUAUUCACGACUGUAGAUGAAGCAUUUUUUAAUUUUGGUAGUUCAAGAAUUUUUCUUUGAAUAUGUGGGGGAUAUCAAUUUAAUAAGCAGGUACUUUUGUAAAUAAUGUACUGAGCUCGUUCAAAUAUGCGAUGGAAAUUAACGCAAGGCAGAGAAGAAAAAAUGGAGGCUCUAAUUGUAGGUAAUGAUUGUAAUUAUUGAUAUGUGAUAUAUUAACUUAUUUCAACGUGAACUUGGAAUGUUUUGUUUUAGUAAAUUUGUAUUUAAAAA